AGUCUCACCGACUCCACUUCACAGCUGAAAAUGUGCUUCUCACACCAUUCCCACUGCACCUCCUCUGUGGGUGACUGGAGGAGACCCUUCCUUUCUCGUUUCCUGUACCGAUGGAGUGCCUGGUCUGGGCUCCUUGUCCCUCACACACUUCUCCAGGCCUCCCAGGCCGGCACUGCCCUGUCCUCAGCUCUGGACUGGGGGCACAUCCACACAGUGCAGGGUGGCUCUAGAGGACACCUAGGGCUGGGACACGCCGCAAGACCCUAGGGGAAGCAAAGGGGCAGGCGUGAGCCACGUGGCUGAGGCCAGGCCCACUUCCCAGGGGCUGAAGGCCAGCAGCCUCCUCCACGAUCCAGGCCACGUGCUGCAGCCUCCUCGUACCGUGCGGGAUAAGUGGCUUUGGUGCUUGUGUCUGCAGGCACAGCCAGGGAAGAGCAGGGUGAGUGUGAGUGCUGACGAGGCAGGCAGUGGACCCACGCAGUCACUAGGACUUGCUGACUUGCCCUGACAGCACGGCAAGCCACCUGAGUGGACCUAACAUGGCAUUUAAGUCUGCAGUGAGACCACCCCAGUGCCACUCACGAGGGCCAGGCUGGAGCAGGUGACAGUGCGCUGGUAACACAAGGGCACCGGCUGCACUUCCCUGGUUAAGCACCAGGUUUCGGGAGCCUGGGCACAGGUCACUGCAAAGCAGGCAGCCAAAUGGCCCUGUGACAACGCCUGGGGACAACCAAGGGAGCUGGGGCUUGGCCCCUGCAAAGCCCUCUCCUCUCCAGGGAAGGUCCCAUCAUGGGAUAAGGGCUCCCAGAGAAAUGCAGCACUCUGCACUGACACUGACCCUCCACGCCUGCCACCUGACCCCCAGCCAGCUCUCUCAGUCAGGAGCUAGUGGAGGACAAGAGGCUGCAGGUGCAGCGGACGCGUUGCCGCUCCCGGCAGUGCCUCUGCUCCAACCCUCCCCAGUGCCUGAAUGGGGACACCUUCCAACCACAGCCUCCCCUGACUCCAGCCUCUGCUCUGCUUUGCAGCUCCGGGCAGCGGGUGUGAGACCUUCCUCGCCGGGCCCUCGGCACGUGGAGCUGGCUCGGUCACGGGCACACGGCCACAAGGCGAGACGGGGGCUCAUCUCCCUGGACCCGGUGUCUGGACCAGCGAGGAGCGGGCAGUGACCACACCACGUGGCAGACCUCAGUCUGACAGACACCAUGAGCCUCCUCAAGGAGAGGAAGCCCAAGAAGCCACACUACAUCCCGCGGCCCCCAGGGAAGCCCUUCAAGUACAAGUGCUUCCAGUGCCCGUUCACCUGCAACGAGAAGUCCCACCUCUUCAACCACAUGAAGUACGGCCUCUGCAAGAACUCCAUCACACUCGUGUCUGAGCAGGACCGCGGCCCCCGGUGCCCCCGGGCCCACGCACCCGACCCCAGGCCCCCCCGGCAGCAGGCGCCCACGGCACAGCUGGCCUCUCCCCAGCCCCUCACUGACGGCCUCCCAGGCUUUGACCCCAAGCCCCAGCAGGGCUCUGGCAAGGAAGACGUGCAGGAGAGCCUGAAGCUGCAGGCUCGGAGGACCCACGCCCUCCCGCAGAAGCCGGGCCUCCAGCAGGAGGAAGCCCCAGAAGCAGCCCGGGGGACGCAGCCUGCUCUGGACCUGGCCCGGCCUUCGGCGUUCAUUCCAGUUGGGGAGCACAGACUUAAGGGGCCCGAAAACACGGAGGGGCCCGAAACGCUGUCAUCCACCAACCCUACCACCAAAGCCACAGCCUUCCACACCAAGUCUGCGUUCCACGCUCCUGGCUACCCUUGGAAAGCAGGCUCCCCGUUCCUCCCGCCCGAGUUUCCACAUAAAAUCCCACCUACCAAGGGGUUCAGUGCCAUCUCCCCUUACGUGCAUCCCACGAUCCCAGAGUACCCCCCGCCCUUCUACGCAGAGCACGGGCUGGCCGCCAUCUACUCCCCCUACCUGCUGGCCGGGAGCGCCCCCGAGUGCGACACCACUCUGCUGUCUGUCUACGGGGCCCCAGACCAGAGACACUUCCUGCCUCCCCCGGGGCCCCUCCCCAAGCACCUGACCCCGUCGCCGUCAACGUACGACCACUACAGAUUCCUCCAGCAGUUCCACCCCAGUCUGCCGGUUCCUUAUGGAUUCUACAGACCAGAGUCUGCCUUCUCCUCCUACAGCCUCAGGCUCCCGCCCCUCGCUGGCAUCACUCGGGAACAGAGCUCCCGCCUCCUUGAAGAGGCCACCCUGGCCCACCCAGCCUCGAGUCCCUCCGAGUUAAGCCCUUCAAACUCCCACAAAAAACACACAGAAUUCGAGAAAGAAAGUCCGAUUCCUGAAGCUAAAGACCCCUCCAAAGAUGGGCAGCGGGACCUGGAAGGAGCCAAAAUGAGCCCCCGGGCAGGCAGUGCAGCCACAGGCUCCCCAGGAAGGCCAAGCCCCACCAACUUCACGCAGACAAGCCAGGCCUGCGAAGGCCUGUGUGACCUCUCCAACAAAGGGUCCCCAAGUGCCCUGGGAUGGCGCCCGCAGCCCGAACAGAGCCCCACAGCCUUCAGACCCGUCCCAAAGAACACAGACUGCCCUCACUCCCAGGUUCCUGCAAACAGCACAGAGUCUCCACACAGCCUCGAGGCCGGGAAUGGAGACCCUCCAGCUCAGACAGCAAGCCCUCUUCCCACCACCGAGGCCGCACACGCCAUCCCCGAGGACGGCUCCAGGACAGGCCCCCUCAACCUCUCCAAGAAGUCAGAGCCAAGACCUGCAGCUGCUGGUGGAGCCAUGUACCCGGGAAGUGCCAAGGCAGAGGCCCCAGGUUUCACAGAGCUGCAGGACUUGCCCCUCAACCUCUCUGUUAAGGACCCCUGCAAUGCCCGGGCUCCAAGGCCUGCCGUCCCCAGCCCACUGCAAAGUGCAGAACCCGCUGCUGCUCCCAGGACUGGGAGAGGAAGUCCCCGAGAUGGCUCAAGUUGUGCUGAGGCCCAGCAGGAGGAGGGCCCAGGUGGGAAGGCCCCAGCCUCCCGCGUGGUGGACAGCAGUGACGAGCAGAAGCAGACGGCAGCUGUGGCCCUCUGUCAGCUGGCAGCCUACAGCCCGGGAAACGUGAGGGUGGGCGAGGGGGAGCCCACCACCCAGGAGUCAGGCUGCCAAGAUGCACCUACUCCUAGCUCCACAGAGAGCCAGGGGACUCAGUGUGACCUCAGACCCAAAGGACAAAAGAGGGCAAGUCAAAGAGACACAGGAAAACCACAGCAAGGAAGUAAGAAGACAAAGCCAAGUGACACGGCCGCGCGGGUGUUCACCCUGCGCAAGAGGACCCGGGUGUCCUGAGACCCGCCAGGCCCAGGGCCCUCUCCGCCAGCCGAGCCAUCACUCCCCAGGCGGCUGCCACAGAUGCGGCUCUCUCUUUUCCACCCUUCAGGCCGCUGCAAGGCCCUUCCGUCUCUGGUGGUAGGAAUGUCUCAGACUGAGGUUUGGCCUGCUUCUCUGCAAGUGGACCGCGCCCCCGGUUCUGACGGCCAUUUUGGUCCGUGACACUUAGCCUCAGCAGUCACUGCAGAACACGCCCACUGGCUGGCUCACCAACAUGAGGCUAUCUACAGAGGCCGCCUGCUCCAUCAGGGAAAGGCACACUGGUGAGCGCGAGAGCUACUCAUGCCGACUUCCCGACCUCUCGGUCUCACUCCCUAUCCCUAAAAUGACUUGUAUGUUGCUAACUCCCAAUAAAUUCAUGUGAACUUUAAGGGUACAUAAAA